AUGGCCUCCUUCUCACACCUCGUGCGUUUCGAGUGCGCUGAACAUGGCACAGCCUACUACGCAGACCUGGGACCCGAUGCUGACGGUCCACCGGUUCCAGGAACGCGAUUAGGUGCAUUCAAAACUUUCCAAGACCUCGCCAGUAACAAUUACAAAGAAAAUGUGACCGUUUCUCGCCCAUGCUCAUGGUGCAAACAGUUGUUGGCACCACUUCCUCAGGAAAAUAUACCGAUAUACUGUGUAGGCCUGAACUACAGAAGCCACGCAAAAGAGGCACAGCUCACGAUCCCAUCGUACCCCCCUCUUUGGACGAAGCCGGCAGCAUCCCUUGCGCACCCAAAUGAAGAUAUCCCCGUCAAUGAUUUCUGUGCUAAAAGCCUCCUCGAUUAUGAGGGCGAGUUAGUUUUUGUGACCUCCGCAGAGUGCCGCGAUAUAUCGCCCAAAGAGGCGGAGAAUUACAUCCUAGGCUAUACAGUGGGGAAUGAUUUAUCCUGUCGCAUGUUUCAGCUACCCCAGAACUCCGGAGGGCAAUUCUUUUUCGCCAAAGCAUUCGACCGUUUCGCCCCAAUUGGACCUACUCUGAUCAGCCCAGAGCUUUUCAAGAGCGGCGAUUUCAAUCUUGUCACAAAAGUCAACGGAGAAUUGCGACAGAGAGCCGACUUCCGGAAAGAUAUGAUCUUCUCCCCAGAGAAGAUCCUUAGUCACAUGAGUCAAGGCACUACUAUCCCCGCCGGAACGGCAAUUAUGACAGGCACUCCACAAGGAGUGGGUGCUUUCCUUACACCAAAAUCAUUUUUGCAAGAUGGUGAUGUUGUUGAGAUUGAAAUGGCAAAGGUCGGGACUUUGAGAAACAAAAUUCAAUUUGAGUAA